AUGCCUUCGAGCAUUCCCUUCCAAGACUGCGCCGGGGCCCACCGGCCUCCGCAACAGCUGAAGGAUGCGUGUGUUGCGGGUGCCGCCGAAUCGUUUUUGACGCAGCUCACGGCGGUGGUGCAACUUUUGGCGCACGGACGGGCACCUGGCUUCGUUGCUCCAGUCCUUGGAGGGGCAAGCCUAGUCGCUCUCCCCAAGCCUGCAGGUGGUGUGCGGCCCAUCGCCGUUGGCGAAAUUCUUCGACGAUUGACUGGCAAGUGCUCCGAGAAGAUGCCAGUCACUUUCUCUGGCCUUUGCAAGUGGGUGUUGCAGUCCCCAAUGGCUUGGAGAAGGCAGUCCACACCGCCAGAGGUUCGUGACCAUUUCCCGCAGUUGGCGCGAUGGACGACUUGGUGCUAUGGGCAACCUACACGAUUGCAAUUUGGCGCGCGCACGUUGGAGUCGUGCUGUGGGGUCCAGCAAGGUGACCCUUUAGGCCCCUUGCUUUUUUCCAUUGCCUUGCACAAGGUAGCUGGCUCCCUUCGCCGGCAGCCCCUGGACCUGGCGCUGUUCUAUUUGGACGAUGGUGCGUUGGCUGGGGAUAUUGACAAUGUCGCUGCAGUGCUGCAGCAGCUUCAGCAAGAUUGUCUCACCAUCGGCCUGCGCCUCAAUCUCGACAAGAGUGAACUUGUUGCCACAGGGCCUGUAUCAGAGGCCGCUCUGCGAGCCCGAUUCCCCCCGUCCUUGUUGAACAAUGCCGGAGGAGCCGGACGGGUGGUGCACAGCUUUGAAUUUUUAGGGGCAGCAAUUGGCGAGGACACUUUCAUCCGAGACCACACAGCUGACCGUGCGGCUAAAGCCGGGAACCUGUUGGAUGAAUUAGCAGAGCUCCCUGAUGCCCAGGUGGGGUUGCGCCUGCUCCGCGCCUGUGGGGGAUACGCACGCUUGGUGCACAGCAUGCGUUGCAACCCCCCGCAGUCGCAGGGGCUCGCGCUAGAUAUGUUCGAUGGCAUGGUCCGACGAUGCUUUGGCGACUUGACCGGCAUCCACCCGACCACGCAGCAGUGGAGCCAAGCCGCCCGGGGGCUCAGCCAUGCAGGUCUUGGCCUGCGGUCCUGUGAGAAGCACGCUUCUGCAGCAUUCUUGGCCUCAGUGGGGAGUUCUCUAAGUGCAUGUGCUGAGCUGGACACCAACUUUUCUGCCGACGAAGUGAAAACUUGCUCUGCAGUGCUGGCCGCUCUGGCGCAUUACAAUGCGCAACUCCCACCCCAACAGUCCUUGAGCUUGGAAACCGCUUUGUCUUCCACGCAACGUGAUAUGUCCCAUCGGUUGGAUGCUGCAGCAUGGGAUGCUCAGCUUGGGCAAGCAAGUGUUGUGGAGCAAGCAGUUCUUCACUCUGAAGCUUCAAUUGGGGGCCGGGCCUUUCUUACAGCUGUCCCACGUGGUCUCAGUCGCAUGGAGCCGGCAGCCUUCUCGGCCGAACUUCGGGUCCGGUUGUCCAUGCCAGAAGCCGAUGCUGAUGUAUGGUGUCCCCGCUGUGAUGGGCCCACCUGCAUCGCUGGCGGCGAACGUACCCAGAGACACCAUGCCGUGCGUGACUUGGUGUGCCACUGGGCAACCAAAGCCGGACUUCGUCCUCAAGCAGAAGCGCCUCACCUCUUGUUGCCCCAGAGCCCUGAUGACUUCGGCAGUGGCCGUCGUCGCCCGGCCGACAUUUUCAUUCCGGCGUUGGCCGGGUCUCCCACCGCAUUGGAUUUUGCUGUCACAGCUCACACGCGGCAAGAGACCUUGGCCAUAGCCAGCACAACACCGGGGGCUGCGGCUGCCGCGUACGCACAACACAAAGCAGCAUACCUUGCCACCGCGCAGACUUGCCAGCAACAAGGUAUCCGGUUCUUGCCUAUGGUCGCUGAACCGACCGGGUGUUGGGAAGACGGAGCCAUGCGCAUCUUGAAACGCAUUGCGCAUGCAGCUGCGGUUCGCAGUGGCGAAGAUGCUGGGUGUGCCUUUACCACUUUCCUCCAAGACCUUAGCGUGGUGAUCCGCUCCAACCGGGCCCGCGCUGCUCUUCGCCGGCGUGCUGAGCUGAGCACUUUCUGA